CCCAAUGUUGUGUUUGGGGCUAAUGGCGGCGCCCUGUGUGGCCCGAAGCAAACCUUAAUAAAAAGAACAAACCGAAGGCCACCUUUGCCCUUUACCUAAAGCCGACUAGCUGGACAAUGUCGGUGGUGGUAGAGGACACACACGGGUGGUUGUUGGACGCCUGCUCGCUCAUCGACCAGGAUUACGUGCGCUGCUUUCGACAGCAUGGCGAGCUCAAGUCAGAAUUCGAGGCACGCUUUAAAAGGCAAUACUUCCGGAUUUUAAAACGUCAUGGCGAUGGCAAUCAUAACAACAACAAUGAAAUCAGUAAUAUUAUACAUAAGACUUCUGUGCAUGCAGAAAACCAGGAAGUUUUUCAGCUGCCCAAGAGCGCUACAAAGAAGCGGAAGCGAAAGCGCAGUGAGCUCAACCAAGGAGAGCUCGAUUCCAAGGCCUUUCAUGAGAAGGUCCGAUCUGUCAUCCUGGACGGAACCAAGUCCUUAGUGGAGUCUGCCACACUUUUGGGCUACCUGCAUAAAGGGGCGGAUGCUCAGACGGACUCCCUACUCUGUGCAGAGUGCAACCUGGCGAGUUUGUGCGACAUGGCCAAAGAACUUCCUCUGAUGGACGAUGAGGACCCAGAAAGCUGCGUCCAGUUACUUGACGCCAGUAGCGGCACGUCCCAUCUGGACUUGUUCUCCAGCGUGACGGAGAACCCAGCAGAACAGGCGGCGGUGACGAUGCUGAUGGGGGAGGAGUACGUUAUCCCGCCGCGUGCGGCCUUCCUGCUCUCGGAUUUCUCCCGGAUGCACCCGCUCCUCCGAUAUGGACACAAGUUUGACGUCAUCGUCAUGGAUCCACCAUGGGAAAACAAGUCUGCCAAAAGGAGUCGUAGGUACGCUUGUCUGCCUUCAUCUCAGUUGAAAAGACUCCCCAUCCCUCAGUUGGCAUCCCUCAAUAGUCUGGUGGUCACCUGGGUGACCAACCGACCCAGCCACCUGCGCUUCGUCCGCCACGAGCUGUACCCGCACUGGGGGGUGGAGGCCGUGGCCCAGUGGUUCUGGGUCAAGGUGACCGCAGAUGGCCAGUUUGUCUUUCCGCUGGAUUCACUGCACAAAAAACCGUACGAGGUGCUGAUCCUGGGGCGAUAUCGCGGACAUUCAAGCCCCUCAGAGCGUUGCGUCGGCGGCGUCACCCCCGUGCAAGAUCAGCGGCUGAUUGUCAGCAUCCCCUCGAUUCUUCACUCCCACAAACCGUCACUGGCAGAGGUGCUGAAACCGUACAUGAAAGCGGACGGCGAGUGCCUGGAGCUGUUUGCCCGAAGCUUGCGAGCGGGUUGGACCAGCUGGGGCAACGAGGUUCUCCGUUUCCAACACAGCAGCUACUUCACGCUAGCGCCGCCCGAGGGCCGCUCCGGACCAGCGACGCGGGACUUUUAACUUUUUAAUAAACAUUCGCAAAUGA